AUGCCGCCGAUCCGCACUCCAAAGUCUGCCCCGGCCAAGCGCGCCGGCGGCCUCGGAGCUUUCGGGUUCGCCCCGGUCGACAGGACCGAAGCUCUCUCGCGUGCCGCGAAAUCCACACCUAAAGCGGCGGCCGAGACAUCUCAGAGUCAGGGCUCUCCGUCGAGGGCCAGAGCGCCCGCGCGCGCAAAGGGCGAAAAAAAGGCCCAUUUCGAGAAUGAGGUGUCUUAUUUUAACAGAUUCGAAUCUCGGGUCGGCUCGUCUACCAAGACAAUCUCAUUCGGACCGGAUUUUCGGCUUACGACUGGUCACCUCACGCGUCUCCUGAGAUGCCCGGACAUCUGCAAGAAGCUGUGGCACAUCACGAUGCCCUUCAAAGACCCCGACCGCGGACUCAUCAUGAGCGGGAACGAAGGACUCCGCGACCCCGUCCUCGUCGCCCUCGCGGAAAAGUGCCCGGCCCUCAGGACCAUCAAGAUCCCCGGCACCUGCAGCCUCUCGGACGAGGUCUACAUCGCGCUCGGCAAGAACUGUCCCAACCUGACGAAUCUCGAGAUCUUUGCGGGAAACAGCUGCAGCAGCGUGGACGGGCGCUUCUUCGACGAGCUCCGCGAGAACCCGUCGUGGGCACCGAAGCUGAAGAAGAUCAGGAUGAGCAUGUGCGACAGCGACGAAUGGGCGCGGAAGGAGAAGGUGGUUAGGGCCGUGAAAGCGUUGACUGAAGUGAGGGAUGGCGUCACCGUGCAGUUUGUGAAUGCGGAGGAAGAGAGGGACUAUGUUUUCGGAGGCUAUGACGUGUCGUAUACCGAGGUGACUUACAAAAAUGGAAAGUCCACGGGGAGCAAAACGUUGUAUCAGUUCGACCUCAGCGACAAGAUGUACGAUGUCUUCGAUUCCGAUUAUUAG